AUGAUGGACGCCAUGCGUCAUGAGGAGAAGGCGCGGCAGGCUGCGGAGUCUCUCCGGAUGGAGAAAGACACUGCCUUCAGCGCAAUGCGGGAAGCUCAGGCCAAGAGCGAGCGUCUGCAGGCAAAGCCUUUCCUGAAGAUCGAGCAUGAAACAGACUCCGGCGGGUGGGCUUCCUAUCCAGCAGAUUCGAUCGACAAGAUUUGGGAAGAACUCUGUGCUGGUAGGCCUGAGCUGGACUUCGAUCGCGGUGAUGAGACUUACCACAUCAGCCUUCAAGAUCUCAUUCAAGAGAAUACGAGAACGAAGAAGAAGCGCAGCAUUCGCAUCAGUUUGGAUGUGCCAGAGUACUGGUCGAUGUCGUCAGGCCUUGAGAAGAAAGACUUGCCACGUUAUUUGGCGAUCGGACCUGAUGAGGAGAUCUUUAAGAGGGUCCGCAUCCUUGUGCCGAGCCAGCAGGGACUUGAGAUGGAGAGGGUGGUAAGGGGGUCCGUCUUCCACCACUUCGCCUUCCGAGGCCUAUCUGCCUGUGAUUUAGACACGGUCACCAUCAAGCGGGCCUGGAGGAUCGAGCACCCGACUCUAUUCAGGAAGUACAGCCAGUGCCGCUCAACUUUGCAGGAGCAGAGCCAGAGCGGGGUUCCCGACAUAAAUCCACCAAUCGGGGAGGAGUUGUCUGAGCUUGCCCAGCGACUUCUUGAUCGAGAUGUGAGAGCACCUGUGAAUGAAGUCUUCUUGUUUCACGGGACAUGCACUUCCAACAUUCGUUCGAUUGUCGCUCGUGGCUUCGACUUCCGUCUUGCAACUGCCGGGUUUUAUGGACAUGGCACGUAUUUUGCAAGCCAAAGUUGCAAAAGCUGGCAGUACUGUCGUUCAGGUAUUACAGAUGAGGCCCGCUACAUGAUAAUUGCUAGAGUUUCGCUCGGCAAGCCAUAUUACACAAAGCAGGUGGAGCGGAACCGAAAGCGCCCGCCGGAGGGUUUCGACUCUGUCGUGGCCAACCCCGGGCCCAUGGAGGGCCAUCAUCAGUCGCACCAGUCGCACCAAGAGUUCGUGAUCUUCGACAGAUACCAGGCCUUUCCAGAGUUCGUCGUGGAGAUAGACGAAAAACCAAACGUUCGGUAG